CUGUGGGGAACACUGGAGUGCUCGCGCUCGGGGGGCGAAAUAAGAGUCGUAAACACUCCAUAGGCGCUUACGACUGGGCGGAGAGGGGGUUAACUAGUACAUAGGCCCGACAGACCCACAUAAACUCUGAGGGAAAGCUUUCAAACAGCGCCCUUAACACCCGUAAGCUCCCGAGAGUGUGGGCGCAUCAAGGCGGGAGGAGAUGGAUCCCUCGCCGGCGAAAGGGAAAGCACAGAGUCGCCUUCUGGUGUCCACCAGCCUGGACGCCAAAGACGAACUGGAAGAGCGCCUGGAGAGGUGUGUGAGCAUCACUACGUCUAUAACCAAUGGGUUGUCUGAGCGAGAAGCCAAUGAUGCCCUCACUGCCCAUGUAUGUAAGGGUCCACAGCAGCAUGAGGAGGUGUGUUUGGGUCUUUUCGCUCUUCUGCUGACAGAGACCUCACAGGCACAGAGGUGCUACAGGGACUUGACGCUGUUGAGUCGGGACGGCAUGAAUGUGGUGCUCGUAAAAAUCAACCAGAUCCUUAUGGAAAAGUUCCUUAAACUACAGGACGUGUGUCGCACGCAGCUGGUGUGGUUGGUCAGAGAGCUGGUGAAGAGUGGAGUCAUUGGUGCAGAUGGAGUCCUUAUGACACUCAUGAAACAGAUCGCUGGAGGAGAAAUCUCCAAUAAAAACCUGUGGUUGGCUGAGAACGUGCUGGAGAUCUUAGUGGACCAGAGAGAGUGGGUGGUGAAGAGUGGGAUGUUAGUGGCCAUGUCUGUAUACACCUACCUGAGGCUCAUCGUGGACCACGGAAUCCCCAGCCUGCUGUCCCUUCGGCAGAGAGAGGUGGACUUCUGCAUCGGCCUACUCCGAGAGCGGUUCAUGGAGUGUUUUAUUAUUGGAAGGGAUCUGGUGAGGCUGUUACAGAAUGUGGCUCGUAUUCCAGAGAUGGAGUUACUGUGGAGAGACCUGCUGCACAAUCCUCAGACACUCAACCCACAGUUCACAGGUAUACUGCAGCUCCUCACCUCUAGAACCUCACGCAAAUUUCUGGCCUGUCGCCUCACACCCGACAUGGAGACCAAACUAUUGUUCAUGACCUCACGGGUUCGAUUUGGGCAGCAGAAGCGCUAUCAGGACUGGUUUCAGAGGCAGUACCUGUCAACAGCCGAGAGCCAAUCACUGCGCUGUGACCUCAUCCGUUAUAUAUGCGGUGUGGUUCACCCAUCCAAUGAGGUGCUGAGCUCUGACAUUCUUCCUCGCUGGGCGAUUAUUGGCUGGCUGCUGACUACCUGCACGUCUAAUGUUGCUGCAUCUAAUGCCAAACUGGCCUUGUUCUAUGACUGGCUCUUCUUCAACCCAGAGAAAGACAGCAUCAUGAACAUCGAACCAGCUAUAUUAGUGAUGCAUCACUCCAUGAAGCCUCAUCCGGCUAUUACAGCCACACUGCUAGACUUCAUGUGUCGGAUCAUCCCAAACUUUUUCUCUUCUCUUGAGGGUCAAGUGCGGCAGGGCGUCUUCAACUCUCUCAACUUCAUCAUGGAAAAGAGAGUUCUGGCUCACCUAGCACCACUGUUUGACAACCCUAAACUGGACCGUGAGUUGCGGUCCAUGCUGAGAGAACGCUUUCCUGAGUUCUGCAGUUCCCCUUCCCCGCCCACAGAGGUAAAAAUGGAGGAUUCUGUUACCGUGGAGAUGGACAAUCAUGUGCUUGAUAAAGAGGACAGUUGCUAUGACAACACAGAUGCUACCUUCAGUGAUGAUGAGGAGGAGUUGAACAACAAGGGUAAAAAACUUGAGUUUAGAUUCCACCAGCUCAAGGAGACCUUCAUCGAUGAACCCGCUGACAUCACACCUUUUGUGGACCAAUUAGACGAAGCGCUGAAAGAGAGGGUCCUACAGCUGCAGAAAGGGAGUGACACAGAGACGCAGUGUGAGGUCAUGCAGGAAAUUGUGGACCUUAUUUUAGAGGAGGAUUUAGACUCGGAGCAGAUGUCCACUCUUGCUUCCUGUAUGGCUGAGCUGUUUAAGAGUCACUUCAGGGGAGAUGUGUUGCCUGAGGAGAUAACAGAAGAGUCACUGGAGGAGUCUGUGUGUAAGCCGGUGUGUCUGAUCUUCAGGAACUUGUGUCAGAUGCAGGAGGAUAACAGUGGCUUUUCUGUUCUGCUGGAUGUGCUCGCUGAACUCUAUCAGAAACAGCCAAAAAUUGGUUAUCAUCUGCUCUACUACCUCAAAGCCAGCAAAGCUGCAGCAGGAAAGAUGAGUCUGUACGAGUCCUUUGCUCAGGCCACUGCUCUGGGUGACCUGCACACAUGCUUGAUGAUGGACAUGAAGGCCUGUCAGGAGGAUGAUGUGAGGCUACUGUGCUAUCUCACCCCGUCCAUCUACACGGAGUUUCCAGAUGAGACCCUGCGCAGCGGAGAGCUUCUGAACAUGAUCGUGGCUGUCAUUGAUUCAGCUCAGCUUCAGGAGUUGAUGUGUCACGUGAUGAUGGGUAAUCUGGUGAUGUUCCGCAAAGACUCUGUCCUCAACAUACUCAUUCAGUCUCUUGACUGGGAGACAUUUGAGCAGUACAGCACAUGGCAGCUCUUCCUGGCACACAGUAUACCUCUGGAGACCAUCAUCCCCAUUUUACAGCACCUCAAAUUCAAGGAGCAUCCAGAGGCUCUUUCCUGUUUGCUGUUGCAGCUGCGCAGAGAAAAGCCCAGUGAGGAGAUGGUGAAGAUGGUUCUGAGCCGACCCUAUCACCAAGAGGACCAGUUCACCACCAGCAUCCUGCGGCACUGGGCGGCUAAACACGACGACCUGCUGGGAGAACACGUCAAAGCCCUGCUCAUCAAGAACAACAACAUGCCACGGAAACGUCAGAGUUUGAGGAGUUCCAGCAGUAAACUGGCUCAGCUGACCCUAGAGCAGAUGCUGGAACAUCUUGACAGCUUGAGACUCAAUCUUAGCAACACCAAGAACAAUUUCUUUUCCCAGACGCCCAUAUUACAGGCCCUGCAGCAUGUUCAGGCCAGCUGUGAUGAGGCCCACAAAAUGAGGUACAGUGAUCUUUUCUCUUUGGCCGAGGAAUAUGAGGAUUCCACCAAGCCGCCUAAACCACGCCGCAAAGCCCCAGCGUCCUCGCCCCGUUCUCGAAAGGGUGUGGCUCCACAGCCCUGCAAUGAUGAGGAGAGUGCCUCCAGUAGUGCAUCUGAGGAAGAGGACGCCAAACCCAAAGCUCCCAAGAGGAAACGGAAAGGCUCGACUGCCGUAGGUUCUGACAGUGACUGAGAGGACACACCCUGGUCUCCACAGCAACCACACCCCAGCAUAAGCACGCCCCCUCCGUGAUUGUGAUGUCACUGGAGGCUACCUGCCAAACAUCUACUCCAGCCACUCAGGGGCAGCCUGCCCAGACACACUCUUAUUGUAGGGGCAGAACUCUUUCUAAGGACUUCAAAUGCCAUUGGCUGGAGCCUGGGAGCCCCUACUAGCUCUAACCACUGGACUCAGGCUAUUUGAAGCCAGAGAGAUUGGUUAAGUGUAAUGAUGUGUGCAGUGGGGGCGGCUAAGCCUGGAGAAACUAAAUCCAGACUGGCGUAGACUGACAGACUGCCUAAAAGAGGAGGCUGACAAACUUUUCUCAAUGGCUCACCCUUAAAAUGUCAUGGUAAUGUACUUUAAAGCGAGAUUAUCAACAAGUUUAAGUACUGUGAACCCAGAAUACAGACUGUAAUGUGAAGUACAGGGAUCUUAAAUGGAUUAAAGAUUUUACUGCAUUUGGAAAUGUGGAAAGCAGAUUAGAAACAUCAGGUUCAAGCCUUUUAUCUUAUGUCGAACAGAGCUUUCCCAUGCUCAUCAUAAAUAAAGAUUGACGCUCUGUCCUGUUUGGAUGCUGUGGCUCUUCAGGGUGGAGCCUGGGACUUUACAGAGGGAACCAAACUUCUCAUCUGCUAAUUUUUAUCUUGUGUUUGGAAUGUACAGAGAAACUGGGACUGUACAAAUGGACGACUCGACUUGUUGAUGACUUUUUAAAAAAUUAUUUCUACUGACUUAUUUUCAUAAAACAGAUUGUAACUAUGUUAAAGGACUAUGAUAUUAAUAAAAAAGGC